AUGGUUGCCCCGCCGGCCCUCCCAGCGCCCCGAGGUGCAGCGCCCGGCACCCGCAGGGAAGGCGGCUCGGCGCGCGGCCUCAGGCCCACCCUACCCCCGGACCCAGCCCUCUCGCAACCUCUCCUCCUCCUCACCGUCCCCGACUCCGUUCACUUCAUCGGCUCCUCCUCGGAUCGCUUCCCUCUCCGGCUUCCUUACUUCGGCCUUACCGCGGCCUCACCUGAGGGCCCGGCCGCCCACAGCGGGUCGUUAUGA